AUGUUAUUUUUUUUUAUUCUGAUUAUUUCCUCACUCUCAGGCUGUGUGAGCGGCAGGCUGGCCGUGAGCCUUCCUGGGAGUGCUGGGCGGCCUGGUGCCCCGGCUGAAGGCAAGCAGCCUCCUGAGACACCCAAAGACUGGCUGACACAAGAUCUUGUGCUGGUACUGGUGUCUGAAGGCUGUGCAGUGGUGCGGACACAGGCUCAGAGUGCCCAGGUGGACCAAGAUGCUGGUUGCCGCCUGCCUGGGAGCAGACUCACAGAGGUCAGCGCAGGGCAGCAGGACAGCGCCCUCAGCAGUGACGAUGAGUCUCUCCAUGAAGGCUUCACAGCAGCAGGCCACCGUCGCCCGAGCAUCCCGAGGAACACUUCAAUGUCCAGGUGUGAGGAUGUCAAGCCACCACAAGCCAGGAGGGAAGUGGCUGCUGGGGCCAAGACAGCAGGUGAAGCAGAACCCUUAAGCCUCAGGUCUUCACCCCUGGACGAAGGAGGUGUUUCUUGGCGGCCAAACUCGGGAGACUCACCAGAAAAGACCUUGGUAGAUGAUGCAAGUUUUGCUCGCUGGAGACCACAAGAGUAUUCACCCGUGCCUCAUAUUGUGGGCGAGGAGAGCAGCCUGCACCAUCUCCCAAGAGAGUGUGCGGUGUGUCGCUUGCAGAGACAGCGCAGGCGGACCAAGACGCCCGAACCUUCAGGAGAUGUUCGUUCAGCCGUUCGAUUCUGCCGAGGGAAAGAAGACAUGUUAGUCAACUCUGAUGACUUGUACAUCUCUGUGGACUCUACUCUGCUAGGGACUGUUUUGUAAGCCAGUCACGGAAGAUGUGAACUGAAUCUGUACUAUGAAGUCUUAUAAAUAAAGUUAUGGGCCA